AUGUUUUACGCUUGUUUGACCAUCCUCAUACUAUUCGUUAUUAUGUGUUUUUGUGUGAUACUCGCAAUUAUCGAUCUGGAACAAUACAAUUUUGGUCUCUACAUCGUGCUUCUGUGCAUUGUUGGUACUAUGUUAGCUUGUGCGCUAUGUAUCGCCAAUCCUAACGCAUGUGCUAAUCCGGAAUGGUACUCGAAAUUUUGUAUUCUUUUACAGGAGCUCUAUCCAGUCCCAGAAGACGACACUGGUCGUUCAAGUCCAAAGAUGAAUGGUCUCAGGUCACGAAUGGCCGCUAUGCAAGCACAAAGCGUUGCUGCUAACGACGAAACACGAUUACCGUUGAGGCAAGAAAGUAGGGCCACUGUGGCGAUGUUAGCUCCAGCCGUUCAUAUAAUGCAUCAAGUUUGGAAGGGUAUGGCCUGGGUGGCGGACGGUAUCGAUGAAGAUGAUGAACGCACUAGGAGUAUUGAUGUCGGCGAGACGUGUCAUUCCACAAGUGAUACCGGCUCGGAAACACCGAACCCGAAUUUGAAGAAACAUCUCUCGACAAUCGUCGAAACGAGCACGCAUGAACAAGUCCGCCUUCAGUUUCUCACCUCAUCACUCCACUACUUACUCAAAUCACUCGUUUGA